AUGCCGGAUGUUUUGCUCAAGGCGAUUUCAACCAUGGCUUUUUGGAAAAACAGUGGUUCAAUAAACACUGGUACGAAUUAUUUCAUCAUUCUGAAUAAUAAUUUUGUAUUCUCAGAUAAUUUUGUCGAUCUUUACGCGAUUUAUUUGGUGUUUUUUAUGGAAUCGGUCCCUCACAUGUCUCACCAAUCGAAAGACAAUCUUUUUGAGGUAAUUUGAAAGUGCCCUGAUUUUUUUACGAAUUCAUUCCCAGAAAAUUGUGGACGAGGCAAUUUUUGCCUUCGGAGACCAUCCGCUGAGAACCACUGCCUUGGGACUUUUAAUUGAGAUCUCAUCAACCAGAUUGUGGGUUUCUUUUCACAACUUUUUAAUAAAGAAAUAUUUUCAGGGAGAAUAACUUGAACAUGCUUGCUCUGACGCAAACGAAGUUGAUCACCGCCGUGUCAAAGCUUUAUCAGUUUGUUUUAAAACUGUUUUCGAAUUAAAAAAAACUGGCCCAUGGCUUAGAUGUUAAAAAUUCGUUGGUAGAUAAAAGUUUCGAUUUUUCUUGCUUGGGUUUUUUUGAAUGAAUUUUUAAUAAAAUUUAGGUUUUUUUGAAGACGUUUAAAUAAAUAAAAUGGUGCUUCUUGUUAAAACUUAAUGAAUUUUAUCACGAAGAGAAAUUCAGGAAAGCUCGACAAGAAGAUUACGGAGAGAUGACGGAGUCGGCCUUCGAAACGGUAGUUUUUGUGUUCAAAAAUAUGUCGAACAAUCCUCAGGUUUUUCUCUUUUUUUUAAAUAAAACUAAGCGUUUUUAUCUAGGAGUUUACGGGCAAAGAAAAUACAAAAAUGAGCGAUUCUUCGAGCCAACGUUCAUGGAGGCUUUUCUCAAAACCGUGCAAAGCAUGAUCUGGGGAUCGAUCUUGGUUUUGAUUUCCAUAAUUAUUUUUUGAUCUCGACACCUUUAUAGAAAGUCCAAGCCAACGCCGUCUCGUCAAUGACUCAUUUGUGGCAAAACGAUAAGAUCCGGGAAAAUCCCGCCUUUCAGAGCGUCCUUCUUGAUUUUUUGGAUCGAUUAGUAUUUUUAUUAAACGAGGUAAGGAAAUAAAUUUUUGAAAAUAAAAUUUUGAUGUUUCUAGGACUACGAUCAAGAUUGCCAUCGAAUGAAAAAGUUCCAACUGCAGUUACUGUUACAGUAUGCCGACAGAGGGGAGUUCAUCUCUGCCGUGAGCGGUGAGUUUUGAAAUUUUCUAAGUGACUCAAUUAUUUUUGAGAGCCGUCCGUUCAGCUUAAGAUCUCAUUUUACAGAAUUCCGCACACUUUGCUCGACCUUGGUACGUAGGAUCCUAUCUGAAGGCGGCGAACAGUGGAUAAAAAGAGUUUUGCGAUCUUUUUGUCAGAGUUUUUACGUCGUCAUCCUGGGUACGCCCACUGAAAGUAAGCUUCGAAAUUUGAUUAUUUUUAAGAAAAAGUCGAUUUAGUCGGAAACGAUCAGUGGAUCGGUUUGGAACGAGCGGCAAAGGCUCUCACAGCUCUGUGCAAGGAAUGCGACAUUUGGGAGGAUUUGAUAGCCAAAGAUUUGGUAAUUUUUUUGAUUUCCUUUCUCUCGUUUCUUUAAAAUAAAUAAAAUACUAAUUUUUUUCAGGAACUUCAAUCUUUACUUCUGGUCAGCUACAACCAACUGCGGCUAGCCAUCCGUGAACACGCCCUAAAACGAGAUUGGGACUUGGCCGGCAAGACUUUGAGCAUGCUCUCCCCGCUGAUAACAAUUCUGGCGAAAGUUCGUCCGGAAAUCCUCAAGGAGAUGCUCAAAUUUUUAGCCAAGUUUUUUUAUCGAAGGAUGCCCGGAUUAUCGAUUUUUACUUAUAGUGUUCUGUCCCUUUGCGACGACAACAGCCUCAUUUCGCAUCUGACGGCCCACAUGGUGAACCUCGCCACAAAAUACAUAACUACGGCUACCUCUCAGGUAACUUUUCUACUAUUUCAACUUCACAUUUUUCUCUCAGGAGGUCAAGGAAAUGAUUGCCCAUGUCGAUCCUGCUUGGGAGAACCUAUCGGCCAUGCAACGGUCCAACAUCAGAGCGGUUUGGAUUCAAUACCAACUUUCUUCAAGCCAACAAAAUAUUCAGAUAUACGCAUCUUUUGCUUCUUUUUGUGAUCGACCUCUCCGCCAGGAACUUCUGCUGACAGUUCUCAGAGACGUGACAAGUUAUCUGAUCCAAAUAAACACUGCUACGUUAGAAGAAAUGACAGAAUAAAAUCGAAAGUUUUGAAUUUCCAGAGAUGGAAUGAAUGUCGUGAAACUUUUGAAAGACGUCCUUUAUUUCCAUGAACCAAGUGUCGAAAUGGUGAUAGAAAGAAGAAAGGAGGUUUGGAGCUUCUUUUUUUUCAUUGUUUAAAUGGAUUUUCUCAGUUCCGGGCAGUCUUUUUGAGCAUCACCAGUGUUCUCAAAAGCUUGCGGGAUGACAUCGAAACGGCAGACAUGACUUUUUUCCUGGACCCAUUUGUGAAAAUCUUCCUCACUACGAUAAAGUUUGUCGCAUUUCUGUUGUAAUAUUUGAUUCUACAUUUUCAGAUCGUUCAAUGCGCUGACCCCUCAGGAGCAUGAAAAAUACUUCCAUAAAAAGUAUCAAUUGCCUUGCGGGAUGAGCAAACCAGAAAAAGAAGCUUUAUACGGUAGAUAAGCUUUUUUAUCGGUUUUUUAUGUGAAAUUGAACAUUUCAGCUUAUGAGAGCCCAGAAGAAAUCAGUGAAAAAGCCUUGGGGACUGUCGACAAAAACCCCCCUCAUUUCUUCUUCGCAAUGUGUGAGACUUUGUGAGUUCCUUCAGAUGGUUAUUUGUAACACUCUUAUUCAUUUGCAGCAUCACCAUCCUGGAGGUCAUCCUCAAAAAGUUUCCAGAAUACAUCGUUCAGAACGAUUACCUUAUUGAUGUUAUCGACGCCUGCACAGCUAUUAAUGUCAAUGAAGACGUCGAUUUCAAAUUCAAGAGAUGGACGAAAAGUGGCUGGUAUGUCCUUUUCACCCUUUCUUUUUCAGUUGAACUUUUCGAAUUUAGUUGAAUAUCUUGAUGCUUACUGAAUAUUUUUUUGCCUUUUGGAAUUCUGAAGAAAUUUCAUAAUUCUCACCCUUUAGGCGGCUGAUCCUUCUCUGCAUGGAGCAGCAGAGCGUCAAAAGAGAAUUUUACUCUCUCUUCCUCGAUCGAACCUUGAAGAAGUUAUGUCCCUAUCUCACAUCCUACUGGACGUUUUAUCUUAAUGGAGGUUGCACACAUUACUGUUUCAAAAUCUUAUGAAGUUUCCAGGUUUGCGGGUAACCGAGGAAGAUUACGUGCAAGAACAUCUUACCGUGGGCCUUAGCCGGGACUUGUCGAUGCUCCUCAGGAACCUCGUGAUUGCUGAAGAAGGAGUCGAUCCACAGAGUAAUUGCCCGGUGAAAAAAAUCGGGCAUUGCAUUUUGAACGGAUCUCAGGUAUGGUUGAUAUUUUUAAGCUCAGUGUUUUGAAAUGAUUUCGCAGGAACUUUUGGGAAUUGUUGACACGGCAAUGAGAGAAGUUCUUUCUUGGCCCGACACGAAAGUCGUGAACAACGUCUUGCUUCCUUAUCGAGUCUUGAUGUGGCGGGUAUGUUAUAUUUUUUUCAGAUUUUUAAUUUUGCGUGACUAAUUCCGCUCCUGAGCUGCAGUAUCUUUCGUGUAGAGUUUUCAGGGUGCUUGGCGAUAAUCGUUUAGUUUUUCAAUUUGAAGAUUUAAAAAAAGUCAAAGUGGUAUUAAGUAAUCACUAUUUUUAGGCGCUAAAGAACAUCAAAGCAAAAGAUUCUGUAUACACGAGAGCGUGGUUAGACAUUUGACAUUUAAAAUCUGAGACAUAAAAAUUAUUUCGAUGCUUGUGAACCACUUGAAACUGCCUGCUGAGUCAUAGGUGUGCAAAACCUUGAAAAACGAGGUGUGUUUUGUUUUAAACGUACCCAAAAAAAACUUUAAAGGUUUCUGUGUGGUGAGUAAUGCAUAAUGAACAUUUUUCAAACACACUGAUUUCAAAUAAAACAAAAAUGCUUUUCCUAUUUUGUUUCAAGAUGCCAAGGCUUUUUUCUCCACACUACGAUGGCAGAUAUAAAAUUAAAAUGUUUACAACUUUUAAAAAAAAGCGCAAAGUUUUAAUGAGAGGUUGGAAAUCAAUUGGCUUUACGAACUUGCGAACAAAGUUUGACCAACUUCCGUCGAGUUUUAAUAAUUUAUUCUUUUGUAAACGAGAAAGAUGAUCAUUUUUCCAGUCUUGGAAACUCGAAAACUGGCCAUACUUCCAACUUCAAGUUUCCGACCUCGUCAUGCUCUGCAUGAGCCGGCACCGCGGCGACGAAGAGUUCCUCAAGUAUCAGCUCCAACCUGUCCUCGUCUGGGCUCUCGAGCUAAACGUUAGUACAUUCUCAAUGCACAAAAAAUUCUGUAUUGCAGAAAGACAAUUCUCUGAUUCUGGAUGUCAUGCGGAAGCUGAUAAGCUGCGAAAAUGACGGCUUUUUUGACGACCUGAUCACAAAGGUAACCUUUUUUUUUGAUAGUGUUCACUGGAAUUUCAUUUUUAGGCUGAGGCUAAUGCUCCGAACCUGAGCAAGGCUGUGGCGCGUAGAGUCGUCUCUUUUUUCACCAGGUCAAUUGUAAAAGAAAGAUAA